AUGACAAAGAGGCUCCUCUCCACUUCCCUCAGAGCCCUAAGCCAUGAGAACCCAUUGGGCCUCCCACGCACCGGCGCGCCCCCCGAGCUCCCCCGCCGCCAGCGCGGCCUGCCCGAAAAACGCAACAUACGCGAUGUCCGCAAGGUGAUAGCCGUCUCGUCCGCGAAAGGCGGGGUGGGGAAAUCGACAAUCGCCGUCAAUCUCGCGUUGGCGUUCGCCAGACGUGGCCAUCGCAGCGGGGUGCUGGAUACGGAUAUUUUCGGCCCGAGUAUACCCACGCUGUUGAAUCUGAGAGGGGAGCCGAGGCUGAGUGCUAACGAUCAAUUGAUCCCGCUCUCGAAUUAUGGCGUCAAAUCCAUGUCAAUGGGCUACCUCGUCGACGAAAAAGCACCGGUCGUGUGGCGCGGUCUCAUGGUCAUGAAAGCCUUGCAACAGCUCCUGCACGAAGUCGAAUGGGGCGGUCUGGACAUACUGGUCUUGGACCUGCCGCCAGGGACGGGGGAUACGCAACUGACGAUCACCCAGCAGAUCAAGCUCGAUGGCGCCGUCAUCGUGUCGACGCCGCAAGAUAUCGCUCUCAAAGAUGCCGUGAAGGGGAUUUCCAUGUUCCGGAAGGUCUCGGUGCCGAUCUUGGGCAUGGUGCAGAAUAUGUCCGUCUUCAGUUGCCCGAAUUGCGGUCAUAGUACGCAUAUUUUUGGUUCGGAGGGUGUUGCGAGGACGUGCGAGAGUCAUGAUAUUGAGCUAUUAGGAGACAUACCGCUUGAUGCGAGGAUAUGUGAUGAUGCAGAUCGAGGGAAGCCUACUGUAGUUGCAGAGCCUGAAAGUGCAAGGGGCGCGGCGUUCAUGGGCAUUGCGGACAUUAUUGGAAGGAAGAUAGAUCUCUAA